CUUAUGUUCUGGAACGAUCAGGCGGAAAAAGCUUGAUAUGCGGAUCCUAUAUCGUGAAGCUCAAUCAGUUUUAUAAAAUCAAUUUCUCUCGUGAAGAUUUCUGCUACAAUUGUGCCUCAAUGUAAACUUGACCAAACCAGCUUCAUCUUGGCAGUAGACAAACAGUCUGAGAUGAUGGGAUUUUAGGUGUAUCAGUAAGCCGACUCCUUUCAGUUGUUUCCUUUGCUUGCGUUGGGGCUUGUGGAUUGAAGGUUACGCAUUAUCAGCUAUAAGUUUGACAAAUGACGAGCUGCGCGCGGCAAACAGCUUUAGGGCGCAGCCGCAUGCGCACCAACGGCCAUGACCGAGCAAUCAUCGCUUAUAGUUUUGCUUGUCCAAGCCAAUUGGGACCUGCGUUUUACACCGGCGCUUCCCCGCUUGCAACCAUCGCGCAACCUGCCGCACCUCGAAAGUGCAUAUCAUCGUGGUCAGAUUCCAAGCUUAACCGCCCGGUCCUCUGCCGUUCCGUGCCGGCCGCCGAGCCCUUAGCCACCAUCAGCCCGGACCCCCGUCGUCAGUCCUCCAGCGGCCCUGAUUUCACGUUGCACUGCCCGGAGACGGGCACCGCCAUUCACGUGUUUGGAGUGGAGCACCUGGAGCCCCAACCGCACAUUGGCGAGUGGAUAAUCCGGCACCGGCCCCAGGCGGUGGUUGUGGAGACGUCCAUGGGUCCAGAGCACGGCGCCCAGACGGGCAACGUCAUUCGCUGCGGGGACCGGGUGGCGGACCCCACUGCGGCCUUCUACCUCAGAAUGUUCUGCCAGAUUGGUGUGACGCUGCAGGAGUUUAAGGACGGCGACUUUACCGAGUCGCCGCUCUGGAACCAGGUUCGCUGCAGCUACAACGGCGAGCAGCUGGCUUACAUCGCGGCCUUCGCGACGGGGGCUCCGCUGGUGUUCGGGGACAGACCCAAGGGCGUCACGUACAGGCGCUUGUUCGGCCUGACCACCAUACCGCAGCUGGACCAGGGCUUUAGUUAUGCUGCCGUACAGAACUACCGGGCCUUUCUGGGCCUCUCGCCGCUGCCGUACGACCCGGAGAACCUGCCUGUGACCGAGCAAAUCAUGAUGCAGGAGCGCGAGGCGGUUAUGCUGCACGUCAUUCACGCGCUGUGCCGCAACGCGCUCCUGCCCCCGCCGCAACCCCCCCCGGGUGGGCCCCCCUCCCCCGAGGGGUCCGCACCCGCCAGUCUGGCGCUGGUAGUGGGGAGCGCACAUCUGCCCGGCCUGGAGUACCUGUGGCGCAGCGGCAGCGCCCCCCAGUACGGGCUGAGGAGGGGCCUUAUGGAGGCCAUGUUGCGACUGAGUGUCACCAAAGAG